CAGCCAAUCAGGUGAAGGGAAACUAAGCACUGCGGUGAUCUGGUUGAGACAUGACAAGUGCGGCCGGCUGGACCUCAACUCAGCGCAAGAUGGUGUUUUAGGCACACAGUGCCAUGAAAGCCAAAGUGUUCCGCCAUUGAGCCUCGUCCACGGGAACACGUGUCCGGGCGGAGUGACAUCAAGCAGUUUGCGUUAUGACCAGGAGCGGAAUGCUAAUGUUUGCUAUGUCCGUUGCUGAUGUUGCGAACGGGGCCGGAUGAGCAGCGUGUAGUCUAACGCGUCUUCACCGCAGGCCGAACGAGUCUGUCGGCCGAGCCCGGAGCACCACAACACGGCAGGUGGGCACCAAGAAAGACAACGCAGUAUUGUGAGAGAAAAAACCCCAAAAUAAGCGAGUUUUCGGGUACAAACAAGCCCCUCUCUCUGCGACCUGCUUCACAUUGAAUAUUUAUGUUGAAGUGAGACACAACCGGCCUUCAAAGUGGAAACAAGAAGAAGAGCAAAGAUGAAUGCCGUGCGUGGGGGCACAGUGACAUGGCGCCCCCAGCCAUGGCAGGACGGGGACGGAGGAGGAGGAGAACCUCUGUCCGACAGCGACUCAGAAGAGGAGGACUUCCCAGAUGACAGCACCACCCCGCUGGGGGACUACAUCACUCAUGGUCUGAAGCAGCUUCUGGAUGCUCAGCAGCUUUGUGACGUAACGCUACUUGUUGAGGGGAAGAAGUUCAUGUGUCACAGGGUGCUGCUGGCAGCCGUGAGCCCGUACUUCCGGGCCAUGUUCACGAGUCCUCUAGUGGAGUCUCGCCUCACUGAGAUCCGACUGGAAGAAGUGACACCAUCUGUCAUGGAGACCAUCAUCCAGUUUGUGUACACCGGCGAGGCUGGGCUCUCUCUGGAAACUGCUGAGGAUCUAUUUGUGGCCGCCAAUCGCCUUCAGGUCAUGCCUCUACAGGACCUGUGCUCCAGGUUUCUGUUUGAGCACCUCUCGGUGGACAACUGCCUGGGGAUGUACUCGCUAGCUCGAUCCCACCACGACCAGCUGCUCCUGCGCGCCUCCCUCAGGCUGGUGGCCCAACACUUUCCACAGGUGUCCCGUCAUAAGGACUUCCUCCUGCUGGAUCACGGAACCCUAGGAAGCCUCCUGAGCUCUGACCGCUUGGGGGUGGACUCUGAGGCGGAGGUCUACGACGCCGCUCGGCGAUGGGCCGAGCACAAACCGUUGGACCGUUACGCCCACAUGCCAACUCUGCUUCACCACCUGCGUCCAGGGCUCCUGUCCCAGGAGGAGAGUCGGAGACUGAACCAGGAGCUGGGUCCCGCUGCAGCUGGUGAGGGUCUCGGCGGGCCUCUGCGUCCGAGGGAGGGUAUGUUUGAGAAGAAAAUCGUGUGCGUGGACCUGUCGCCGAGAGAAGAUGAGAAUUUAGUCGCCCGAGACUACACCGUGGACUGCUUUGAUCCGCGGACCGGGAAGUGGGAGAAGCUGGCGGCCUUGGACUCACUGGUGAGUCCUGGCUGCACGGCUGUAGGCGACAGACUGUUUGUGGCUGGAGGGAUUCUGGGGACAGGCUCGGUGUCUGCUGCUGUCCACGAAUACGACACCGUUCUGAAUCGCUGGCUGGAGCGUCCGUCCAUGGGCCUGCCCCGGUGCAUGCUGGGCCUGCUGGGCUGUGGCGACUUGCUCUACGCUUUAGGGGGCAGCAAUCGAUCUGCGCUUUUGGACUCGAGUGAGAUGCUGGAGCUGGCAACGCUUAAGUGGGCGCCGGGUCCUCGCUUACCAGUCCCCCUGCGUGCGUUUGCCUGUGCAGCUCUACGGGGGCGACUCUACCUUUUAGGUGGAACCACGCUGGAACAAAACCGUGCCGUGGUCCACUCCGGGGUCCUUAUCUAUCACACCCUUACAGACUGCUGGACUCGUGUGGCUCUGGACUCCGGCGCCACCUGCCUUGCUGGAGGUGUAGCAGUGCGAGGAGGGGUCUGUGCCAUCGGGGGUUACAUAAGGGACACCACUAAGUUCCUAGACGGAAACUACACUAAUCUGGAGACUUUAGAUGCUACUGGCCGGGUGCUGUUUUUCCGGGAAGGCAGGGCAUUUGGCGUGGAGCGGGAGGUGACCGGGGGAGGGGUGACGGUCUCCGCAGAACAGCGCGGGGGUUCAGGCGGGGGCAGCGACAGAGCUCCGAGCCCCGUGGUUUUCCCAGGCCUGCCGCGGCGGAUCGCAGCCGGGGGCGUGGCUCGGUGGAAACGGAGGAUUUAUGUUUUGGGCGGGGAAAAUGGCGCCCGAUUUUAUGACAGCGUCUACUGCUGGAAACCUGGCUGGCGCAGCUGGGUGCAAAGACGCGAGAAACUCCCCGGAGACACGGGCGGGGUCAGCCAGUUUGGGUGCACCACUCUCAAGUUCCCCAAGAAACACAUCCUGUCCAGACUGAGGAGAGCCAAAGAAAGCUGCGUUCUGGACGAGUAGUGGGAACGGAACCGUAGAGAUGAGCUUCACUUUGGGAACGCCACUCCACCUUAGAUGCAGAAACAUGUUAGGUUUAUUCCAAUGGAUCAAGAUGGAGGUCUGAAUUUAUUCCGAUGCGCCUGAAUGUACCAUCACCUCUUGUAGCUCUCAGCACUGAAGUCAUUGGAUAGAAGCUUUUCUUUUGUUAGUUUAGUUGACAUACAGAAACUUGAACCUUCUACUAUUUUGUUGCGAGCCAUUGAGAAACUUGAAUAGCUAGUUGCAAACUUUUGACUGUACUGAUGAUACACAAUAUGAGUUUGAAGUUUUUAUAUACAGUACGAACAAACAACACUUCAAAGUAUUAAAGCUGCUGUAUGUCACAGAUAGUAGGGUGCUAACUUUAAAAUAUACUGCAAAUCCUGCCCUCUCGCUGCUUUGACUAUGUAAACUAUACUAUAUGUAACACGUCAACUCAUGACAGCGAUUUGACAAACAAAGCAGCUAAUGUUGGGUUAUACAUUUAAGAACAGCUACAGUAACAACAUCGCUUCUCUGGUACUGCUUGUGUGUGAUAGCCGUUGAGCCGACCAGUUAUCUUAUUCAGGCUAAACAGCAGUUUACUCUCAUUUUUAUUGAGUUUAAUUGUGAAAAAUUUAGCCUUUUUUUGUUCAGUGUGUCUUUUAAACCACUAUAACAUUUUAGCCAGUGAUGGUGGGGAAAAAAAAAAUAUAUAGGCUAAUCCUCAGCGGGUGACAUACGGCAGCUUUAAUGGUUCUUAAUUUAUUCCAGUCCUCCAUGAUAUAAACUGUGCCCACAUUUUAUGGUCCCAACUGGUUCAUUCAGAAUACAGGACCUGUGAUGGUGAAUGAUGUGAAGUAUUUCUUUUGUAAUUUAUUUUUUCAGGUUUGAGUGUUGAAUUUUGUUUUUAUUAUAGAGUAAGCAUAGGAUUUGAAUACAGUAUAAAUAACUGCAACUGGCCCCGUGUGGCAAUGUCACACCCGUUAUCCAACAAGUGUAGUUAUUUGGUUCAAAUAGACUAAUCAAUCGCAUUAGCUGGCUUGAUUACUACCAGUUAAGACUUGCAUUGCUUAAAUGGAACCUUCAUAGUAAAAUUCAGUAUGUGUGUAAAAUCUUCAUAUGGUCGUAAAUGUGUGAUCUGUUGAAAAUCUUCAAGAAGAUACCAGACAUAAUGAGACAUAAUGUGUGUUUAUGAAUUUUUCAAGCUUAGGACAUUUGAAUGUAAACUGGUUACUUCUAAUUACAUCAUUAUUUGUCACCAGGCUUUUGUUGUUUUUGGCUACAGGGGACAUAGGUGCAGUAGGAUUGGAAACACAAUUGGUGAAAUGUGAAAUAUUGUUAAGCCUCAAAGUAGUCAUACUGUGACCACACUCUUCAGCUGGAAAUAGCACGUGAAAAUAGCAAAAGACGUCAACAUAAGUGGUAAGACCGUUUUGACAAAACUAUUCAUUUUAAUGCAGGCAUAUACUCUGGUGUGGAAAAAGUCUUUGCCCCUUUUCUUAUUUUUUUUUUUUUUUUGCAUGUUUGUCACUCAAAUGUUUCACAUGAAUCAUUUAAAUGUUAGUUAAUGACAACACAACUAAACACAAUGCGUUUUUGUGUUUUAUUGUUUUAUUUAUUGUGUUAAACGAUGCUAAAGUUUCAGAUAAGGCUUUCGCAUUUGGAAGUGAGCCCUGAAAGAAGUAAGGGAAAGAUACAUUUGUUUUCAAUUCCUAACGCGGCAGGCACACAAGUGGUUGGAGUGGCCGAUUCCCUUCCAGCAAAAGAAUAUAUUAAUCUGUCAACAGCAUUUCACACCGGACUGUUUUGUCAACAUGGGCCAGUAUGUUAAAAGUGGACAUUUUAAAAAUUUAGCUGUUUAUCAACUCCGAUAAAGUUGGGUUCUGCAGCUAUCGGCACAACACUGGAAGUUCUCCUGAGCAUUUGGGAGUGUGACCAACCACUGUGGAGUGGGCGUGCUUGGAGGCGGGCCGUGAGUGGAAUAAAUUAAAACUGACCGUUUUUGCGGGAAGCAUAAAAUUCAAAGAAAUCCAGCUGGAAUAGGUGCCAAUUCUGGAAAAUCUAGAAAGAUCUAGACAGUAAGUCUUCCGGGUCCUGAAGCAGCAACACAGCCCCAGGCCAUCGCACUACCACCACUAUAUUUUACUGUUGGUAUGAUGUUCUUUUUCUGAAGUGCAGUGUUACUUUCAUGCCAGUGGGACACAAACCUACCAAAAAGCUCAACCUUUCAGUAUUUUUCCAAAGGUUUUGGGGAUCCUUGGAUGUUUGGCAAAUUAAGAUGAUCGUUAAUGUUUUUUGUUCAGCAGUGGUUUUUGUCUUGGAGGUCUGUAAUGCAGGCCAUUUUUACCCAGCGUCUUUCUUAUUGUGAAGUCAUGCACACUGACCUUAACUGAGUCAAGUGAGGCUUGUAGUUCUUUGGGCGUUGUGGGGUCUUUUGUGACUUCUUGGAUGAGUCGUCUCUGCGCUCUUGGAGUAAUUUUAGUUGGCCAUCCACCCCUGAGAAGGUUCACCAAUGUUCCAUGUUUUUGCCAUUACAAUUUUUUUGCCAGACAAUUAGUCUGUUAUGUUGUUAAUAAUUUUAACUUAUUCACACAGGGCCUUGUAGGUCUGGAUUUUUUUUUCUUCAUAGAAAAGGGGAAAAUGCAUUUUGUGUGUAGUUGUGUUGUCAUUGACUAAUUUUAAAAUUUGACAGACAUGCAAAAAACAAAACAAAACCUGGAAGUGGGUAAACACGUUUUCUCACCACUGUAUAUACUAAAAGUUGAGUGAAAUCCUCUACUAGAACAUCUAGGAAUGGAGUCUGCAUGUUCUCGCAUGCUUGCAUGGGGUUCCUCUGGUUUCCUCCCAACGCUUAAAAAGCAUAAGUGACUGACUGCUCACCAGUCCAGGGUGUACCCAGCUUUUCACCCGCUCAACUGUGAACCUGAAUAGGAUGGAAAAUGGAAGCAUAGAAUAAUCACGAUCAUGUGAUUUGCUAUGAUUCAUUAGGAUGGUGCAAAAGAUUGUUUAUAUAUUUAACACAACCUUUUAAAAAUGUUAAAAUGCCACUUUCUCUGGUCCUUUCCAGCCAAAUGAUAGAGUAGAUACAGCCAUUAAAAAGCAGUUACAGUAACUCAAAUGAAAUUACAAUAUUUACAUUUACUUGCAACAUUAGGUACAAAUCUAUGAAGUAUUGUGUUAGUUACCUGUCAAUCAAAACUGAGCAUUACUUUUGGUAAGGCAAAGGUUUUAAAGCUCGUCCCAGAUGGUACAGGUAACAAAAACGUGGGUAGUGUAUUUACUCGCAGUGUAGCUGAAGGAUUUUUUUAAAGCAGAAUUGUAGAGCCAUGCCCUUUUACUAUUUUUAUUAAUAGGAAAUUUAGGCCGGAAUUUUUCACCUUUACACUUGCAGUGUGAUGUGUGUGUGGUUCAACUAUGGA